CAUCAAAACAAAUUUAGUUGUAACAUUUUAAGACAGACCAUCGCUGCCAGCUACAUUUAUUCCGUGUUUUGAGUGCAUUAUGAGCGGUCGCUAGAAAUUCCGUGCUCAUAAUUAAGAAUUUUCGGAAAUUUUACUAGCUUUGCGUGAUACUUGCUAUUGUUUUUUUACGAAGUAUUAAAUAAUAACAUAGAAACUAUUAAAUUUUAAACGUAAUCACAAAUUUCUUCCAAAAUAAUAUUUUUACUAAGCAUUUCGGUCUGUCACUUUGAAUCAAAAAUCAUGUCUUGUAAAGAAACUACAAAAUCCUGUGGAGAAGGUCCAAAUGUAAUUGAUGUAUGCGACUCUGUUGUUAAGAGUGCUAGAAAAAUAUUUCCCGAGAAAAAAUACAAGCAAGUGCAGCCGACGGGUAAAGAAGUCUCAGGACUGACACAUGAAUGUGGAGUAUUUGGAGCGGUCGCUUGCGGUGAAUGGCCAACACAGAUUGAUAUUGCUCAGGUCGUUUGCCUCGGAUUGGUAGCACUGCAGCAUCGUGGACAGGAAUCGGCUGGUAUUGCCACUAGCCAAGGCAAAAAUUCCAAGAAUCUUAGCAUUCACAAAGGAAUGGGAAUGAUCAGCAAUCUGUUUAAUGAUGAUUCGAUUAGGAGAUUAAAGGGAAAUCUAGGCAUUGGACACACGCGAUACUCCACAGCAGCGGCAUCGGAAGUGGUGAAUUGCCAACCAUUUGUUGUUCACACAGCCCAUGGCGCGGUGGCGAUCGCCCACAAUGGCGAGCUGAUCAACUGCGAGUCGCUGCGGCGAGUUGUGUUGGAACGUGGUGUAGGUCUUUCCACUCACAGUGAUAGUGAAUUGAUCGCACAGUCUCUUUGUUGUGCACCCGAGGAUGCCAGUGAGCAUGAUGGUCCAGAUUGGCCAGCACGCAUACGCCAAUUUAUGACACUCGCUCCACUUUCAUACUCGCUGGUUGUCAUGCAUAAGGACAAAAUCUACGCGGUACGCGAUUCCUACGGAAAUCGGCCGCUUUGUAUUGGCAAGAUCGUUCCAAUCACACUCGGCCAUGGAAGGCCAGAGGAUGCACCUGCCGAGGGUUGGGUUGUUUCGAGUGAAAGCUGCGGCUUCCUCUCGAUAGGUGCUCGCUAUGUACGUGAAGUGGAGCCAGGUGAAAUUGUGGAGCUGACACGUAAUGGUUUCCGUACCGUGGAUAUUGUCGAGCGUCCCGACUACAAGAAGGUGGCAUUCUGUAUCUUCGAAUAUGUUUAUUUUGCGCGAAGCGAUUCCACUUUUGAAGGACAGAUGGUGUACUCGGCACGCCUGCAAUGUGGUAGACAAUUAGCUCUAGAAGCACCAAUUGAAGCAGAUAUUGUUAGCUCUGUACCUGAGUCGGGUACGGCGGCAGCGCAUGGUUAUGCCAGAGAGUCUGGUAUACCGUUUUCCGAGGUGCUUUGUAAGAAUCGCUAUGUCGGUCGAACAUUUAUCCAGCCUUCCACGCGGCUUCGUCAAUUAGGCGUGGCCAAGAAAUUUGGUGCACUCUCCGUUAAUUGCGAAGGUAAACGAGUGGUUCUGAUUGAUGACUCAAUAGUGCGUGGCAACACCAUUGGCCCCAUCAUUAAGCUAUUGCGGGAUGCUGGUGCCAAGGAGGUCCAUGUUCGUAUCGCUAGCCCUCCGCUCAUGUACCCCUGCUAUAUGGGGAUCAAUAUACCAACAAGGGAAGAACUGAUUGCAAACAAACUGGAGCCAGACGAGUUAGCUGAGCAUGUCGCCGCUGACAGUUUGAAAUAUCUCAGCGUGGCCGGACUUAUUAAAGCUGUCGAAAGAAACAAGGCAAACACAAACCCUAUUAAAUCCGGAUAUUGCACAGCAUGCCUUACUGGAGAGUAUCCAGGUGGUCUGCCUGAGGAACUUAGCUGGUAAUUUAUAAACACGCAGGAGCAAAUAUUUUUACGUAUUUAAGUAUUUGUAGCUUAAUUAGGGUUAAAAGACAUAGAUUUAAUUUAUUUAUACCUCAGUUAAAUAAUGAAGAAGAAUACAUUAACAAAAUGUAACACUUUUAAGAAAGCAUUAAUUAUUAUAAAUUACAUAUAAUAUAAAUUCUUAUAAACAUUUGGAGAAACUAAACUCUAAAAAAAGGA